UUUCUAUAUCUGUCUCUUCCUUCAAUUCUACUCCCCACUUCUUUACUUCAUGUUUCUGUGAUCUUUUGGAGUGACUCAUUGGCUUCUUUCCUUCUGUAAUUUUGUUUUAUAGGUGGAGUGACUUUAUACAGCGGGAAGAUGAAGAGCUCACUUGGGCUUCUUCCUUUUCCAAGGCACAACAUUUCUGCAGGGAUUCAGAGGCUGGUCAAGAGCUUCAAGAGCUUGUUUCAGUUGUUUCCUGUGUACAAAGAGGAAGAUGAAGAAAUGGAGAUGGAGAUUGGAUUCCCUAUAGAUGUGCAGCAUGUGGCUCACAUAGGGUGGGAUGGGUCUGACAGUGUUUCCACCAUGAAGAGCUGGGAUGGUGCUCCCGAUUUCCUCUCCCUCCCUUCUCUGUCCCAGAGGGAGUUUGAAUCUGCCAUGGUUGCUCAGGCUGAUGGAUCCCUUAGUUUCCCAUAAGCAUGGUAAGUUGUGGUCAAUGGUCUUUUUGCUGUGUUUUUGUGUUGCCUUUGCCAACUAAAAUGAUAUUAAAGUCUUCAACACCUUUGGUUUUUGCAUGGGUGUAAAGUGUAAGGAUUCAUAUCCAGAAAUUUCUCAAAAAAAAAAAAAUGAUUUGAGGUUGGGUCUGAUGGCAAA